UGUAUUGUUGUCAUAUCGUUUCUCUGAAGAUCAAUAAAUAAUCAAUACAACAUUAUAAUUAUUAAAUUAUUAUUAAUAAAACAACAAUAAUAAAAACAAUUUAAAAGUUUAAGCAAGUUUAAUUGUUUUGUAUUAAAAAAUGAAUUUUCUCGUUGUAGCGGUCGUGUGUGCGGCUACAGUGUUUUUAACAGUGUGCGGCGAACAAACUAAAGAAGUAUACAUACAAAAACAAAAUAAAGUUCAAGACCUCGAAACCUCAGCUUCGGGAUACAUAUACAGGACGGAUGGACAAAACCCACCGAUAUUCAUUAAACUCGGAGAAGGCAACAAUGAUAAGUUUGAUGCCAUACUGGAAAAUUUUAAAAAGGAAAGUGGCUUUCACGGGAUGCCUGUGGUCGGUAGUAGACACGCGUCGCCAUACAACAUACCAGUCGUCGGCGAAGAAAAGACGGUCCACUACAACAGUGGUCACAGCAUUGAAAACGGUUACAAACCGAAUUCUCGUUUCGGAAACCCGAUCGCAGACGACUUUGACGACGGGAGAUACGGGCUGGACGACGCGGACGAUUCGCCGUCACCAAUCUCAGACGUGGACGGCUAUAAUUUCGAUAACGACGAUCACGGCGACGCAUUUGACUUUGGACCGUCCCCGUUCAAGUACCAUCGAGACGUGUCCGCUGAUGGCCUAAAGGGCGACGUGCUUGGAUUCGACAACCAGAAUUAUUUCGGUUCGCCUUAUACACACAAUGAGUACAAGUCGCCGAGCAAACACCACAAGGCGGGUGGUUCGUACCAAAAGGCCGGCCAUUACUUCUCGCAGGGCUCGCUGGGCGACAGUGGCUACAAGAACAAUCACAACUUUGACAAAAGCCACGCGGGCAAGUACGGCAACGAUGACCUGAAGAGCCACUACAAGAAGGCGUCCGGCCACAGCGCCGGUCACAAGACUGACGCAGACCAUUACGGCAAGCACAAGAGCGGCACCCACGGGGUCAAAGGUCACAAGUUCGGUGAAACCGAAAAUCACAAGAAGGGACACAAGACGACCGGUUUCCACAACGUGUACCACAAGGACGAGUACAACAAGGAACAGAAAUUCUACGACGACGCGCACAAGCACGGAAAGUACGACAAGUACGGAGGUAAGCACAAGGACUUUACGCAGAAAGCGGGCGGCCACAAGCACGGCACCAGCCACGAGUCCGGUUACGACGAGGGGCACAAGGGUUCGGCCGGCCAGUUCAACAAGGGUAGCUACUACGACGGUCACAAGGGCCACAGCGGCGAGUCCGGUCACAAGUCGCACCACGACCACAAAGCCGAGUACGAUACGCUGUCCGACAACAAGAAGUACGGUGAACACGAGGCCGCGGGCGGCGACGACUUCUACUGAUGAGCGAAGCGUGACGACGACUUUCGAGCACGUGCAUUACGAUACGCCCCUGUAUCGCAAUGCGUGCUUGGCUGAAGCAAACGCUUCCACGGACUUACCCUAUACAAAACUAUUAGUGCAUAUAUAUUAUAUAUUAUAGCUUAUUAUUAUAGUUGUUUCACGUCGACGAUUGUCGUGUGCAACGUGUCUGUACAUGUCAUGCCCCGUCCAUUUCAAGUUCUAAUCGGUUUUGCGAAAUAUUUAGGUUGACAUUUGCACAAAACGGACUAACCGUUUUUUACACGUCGCGUAAUUAUUAUACACAAUAAUAUGGAAAACUUUUCACGAAACGGACACGGACAUUUAAUAGUUCGCACGAAACUUAUUCCAUAAUCUGUACAUCCACAUGGUGAAAUAAGCGUAUAGCUACAGGCAUUCGAGUUUUGUAGAAAUAAAUAUUAAUAUAAAUUAACUUAAACGUAUAUACUAAUAAUAGUAUUAUUUGUACAUUUAUUUUAAUCAAAUUUUUUCUAUUUUAAAAAAUGUGUUUCAUUACAUACGUGAUGUGUAAUCAAUUUAAUUGAUUCGAAAUGUCUACCCAUUUCACGAAACCUAUCAAAAUGUGAAAUGGAUACGAUAUAUAUAUAUAUAUAUAUAUAUAUAUACGCCUAUAUAUUUACCUACAUAAUAUGUUAUUUGUACUUUUAUAAUAUAAUGAUAUUCAGUGUGAUUUUUUAGGUUAACACUAAAUUUCUGGCAUAGAUUACGUGCAUUUUACCUGAAUCGAUACUUUUUUCAAAGCUUUAACGGUGUAUACUUGAAUGCAUCACAUUAAUUUUAGAAAUGUUUCAAAUUGAAUGAUUUUUUUUUACCAUAUACAGUUUUUUACUAGACUCCUAUUUCUAUAAAUUCCAAUACCAAUUUAUUUUUGAAACCAAAAAUUUGACGGGUCCAGGUUUAGACAGCAGAUAAUAAUACCUAAUAUUUUUUUUUCAAUUUAUUAAAAUGAUUAAAUUUAUUCAUAAUUAGUAAUUCGUUUUUUAAGGGUUUUUUAGGUAAAAUAAUGAAUAAUAAUAAUUUAUUUUAAUUAAAUGGUUUUAAUUAUUUUAUUAAAAUAUUACGAUUAUAAAUAAUAAAAACUAGGCAUGUUACGAAUCAACCAGUUACCAACAAUAUAUUGACCGGUUAUCAAUAUUUUAAUUAAUUAAAAACGAAUGCAUGGUUAAAUCUAAUAUAACUCUCAGACAAUUUUGAUUUUAGAACCAAGGUUAUGAAGUGAACAAAACUUUUUAAAAAAAAUAGGCCUACUUCCAUUUAUGAUUUCAAAAAUAGGUACAAAGUAGAGAUAUUUCAUGUGGAUUCUGAAAAAGUUAUUAAUUUGAAACGUCCCUAUAAUUGUGUAUUUAUAGGACGCAUCCCUAGCUUGUCAAACAAGUUCCGAUUCAAUCUAACGUAGUCAGCCAAAAAAUUAAGUAGAUACCUAAAAAACGGUAUAUAUUAUAUUUAUAUAACCUUACGAGCUAUCUCUUUAAUUAAUUUCUAAAUAUACGUAUGUACAUAUUAUUAUUAUUAUCAUAAUGCAUUCAUCCAUUCAAAUGAUUAACUAUUAUCCUAUGUACAGUAUACGUAUUACUUAUUACUUAUACGAUAAUUAAUUUAUAACAUAUUAUAUUAUUAUCAAAAGCAGAAGGAAUGUGAAUUUUAGCGGUGUGGCUAUACAAUUAAAAAAAUAUAAUCAUAUAAUAUGAAUAAGUAUGAUAACGAAUGCAAUUGAACCCGUAAAAAGGAUCGGUGUACAAAAAAUAAAAACAAAAACCCAAGGCCUCGUUUAACCUCUCGGUUUAUAUUUUAUACCCAAUUAAUAACCGACAGUUUAAAACCAUGAUUUAAAAUCCUAUUAUCGAGAUUCUCGGUUAUGCAAUAAAAAAAACUUAAAAAAAAUACGAUUCCAUACACUUUAUUAUUAUAUUAUCAUACCUAUACGAAAUACUAUACAUGUAUAUAUUACAUAUGCAGUGCUCUCCUUAUUUUAUUGAAAAAAAAAUGUGUAUUCGGUUUAUAUAGUUUAGAUUUUAUAUAGAUUAUACCGAUAUCGGCUAUAUACAAUUUAUAAUAUACAUCCCUAUAUACGGUUUAAUAGUAAUACUUUGAAUGAAUUCAUCUGCACACACGCCCGCUAUUCCAUUUAUAGUAUAGGUAUAGGUAGGCUAUAGGUACCAUAAUGACGACGACGGAGAGUGGUUUCUGUAUCAUCCUAUAAGUUUCCAAUAGUCCAUUAUGUACAUUUUUUUCUGUUAGGAUAUUAUUUAAUCGAUUCGAUAUUUUUUAUAUUUAUAGUUCAUUAUUAUUUACCAAACUGCUGCAGUAGUAUAAUAAGUCGAAUAAAAUGGCAUCUAGAUAUAAGUAAUACGCACAAAU